ACAAAACCACCUAUAGCCACGAGGUCCUACGAGGACGCAUCAGCUGCUGUCCCUAGGAUCUUGUUAUUGCUAGAAAAGCCGAUUAUUCGAACUAUUUACAGAUAACAACAAACGCUAAAUUCUUUUUAUUUGAUCACCGUGUCAUUUAGUUCGAGAAUUAACCUUCCUUUGCUUUAGUCUUCGAUAUUAUCGCUCCAAUAUGUCUUCUGAGGAGUUUGAAAAGCUGCAUGAGCUGUAUAGAUCUCUGUAUGACGAGGUGAAGUCCGUGCCUGAACGUGCUCAGAGCUGCCAGGGAGAGGAAAGGAAGAGGAUUGUCAGAGACUUUGAUGAGCGUGUUUCAGAGGCUGAAGAAGUGCUUCAGGGCAUGGAACAGGAGCUGUUUGGUGCUCCAUCAUCCUUUCGAACCCCCAUGUCAGCAAAGAUUCGACUGUACCGGCGAGAUCUGGCCAAACUACAGAGAGAGAUACGCCUCUCAGCAACACAAGGGUUUCCUAGUCACACUGGAGAUGGCAGACGAGGGAUCUAUGCUGCUCAGAAUGACCAGAGUACUCAUCUGCAGUCUCAGCGUGCUUUGCUUAUCCAGGGGACAGAGUCUCUUAAUAAUGCAUCAAAGAGUAUCGAGCGAAGUCACCGGAUUGCAGCAGAGACGGACCAGAUUGGCACAGACAUCAUCGAGGAGCUUGGAGAACAGAGAGACCAACUGGACCGCACCAGAGACAGAUUGGUUCACACUGGCGAGAACCUGAGCCGCAGCAGGAAAAUCCUGCGUGCAAUGUCCAGACGACUUAUUACGAACAAACUGCUACUAUCAGUCAUUAUCAUCAUGGAAUUGGCCAUUUUGUCAGGGGUGGUCUACUUGAAGUUCUUCCGCAAGUAGGGAAUGAGACACACAAGACUGUAUUAGACUUCACCUUUCCCUCUUCUUAUUUCUGAUGUUCACGGGUGUCUGGCCCGAAGACAAUAUGCUGGAUGGUUUAGUGACUGCGAGUGUCACAUGGACAUGUAUGGGCAGUUAUUUUUAGCGCUAAACUGUAUUAGCGUAAGUACUGCUCUCAAGGUGAAAAGAAGAUGGUGAUUAUGGUACAUUGAGACUGCUGGAGGAUCAGGACCUGUUCAAAGAUGGCGUGAAGGGGUGCACUCCCUCCUUAGUUGUCUUGAACAGGAUGUCAAAUCUAGUGGAUUUAUGGAUGUACAGUGGAAACAGAAGGAUCCAGUGACAGGAGUGACAAAUAAUAUAUGCAACCUGUCUGGAUUUUUACAUACAUCAGUCAUUUUAAAGUCAUGGAUCACUCAAAAAUGAUAAUUCUGUCAUAAUUUACUCAAACAACACUGGUCCCAACUGACUUUCAUUGUUUGGACAAAACUUAAUUCCUUCCUUUCUCAGAGGUUUGGAAUGAUCUAAGGGUGAAUAAAUUAUGACCGUUUUUUUUCUGAGUGAACUGUCCCUUUAACUAAUAAUGAACUUUUAACAAAAUGACAGAAUCACAUUGUGUAUUACACUUUUUUUGAGACGUGUUAUUGUGGCAUUACAGGUAACAACUCUUG